AUCAUUGUAUGAGUAUAGUCUUCUAUUGGACUUUCAAUUAUGAAGCAAAGCACACACUUCUUUUACUUUUCAUGUUUAUUGAAGGUGACAGUUGAACUUGGAGUUUUAGUAGGAACUUUGAAUCUGCUCUUAUUAAGCUCCCUUUUCUGGGCCGGAGAAAGUUCCAGAAAGUCAAUAUGCCAGCUGUUUAUUUAUUUGGUCUUUCUUGGACACAAGCUCCCUCAGUGGAUGUUCUCUGCUCAUGCAUGAUGUCAAACGUUUGUUUCUAUAAAGAUUCAAAAUUUUGUCCUCCACUGUUUCACCUCAACAUUAUUCACCAUUUUUUACUCUCUGCUGAAGAAAUUCAAUAUGUUGAAUGCCUACGUAAUCUGGUUUUUCUUUUGCGUCUGAGUAUGUACUACUUGGCCCUCUUGAGCUGGGGGAUUUUGAAGAUGUUGGACACGAUGGAAGGCACGAAUUUUGACAUUGUUAUAGAUGAAUUUGAGGCUAUGACUAAAGACGCCAAAAGGGUUCAAGAAGAGACCUUGAAGAAGAUCUUGGAAGAGAAUGCUGAGGCGGAGUACUUGCAGAAUUCGGGGCUUAAGGGAAAAACUGAUCUCGAGAGCUUCAAGACUCAUUUUCCUCUUGUUACUCACAAGGAAUUGGAGUCUUACAUCCAGAGGAUUGCGGACGGUGAUUCGUCCCCGAUCCUCACCGGAAAACCUAUAACCACGAUAUCAUUAAGUUCUGGUACCACUCAGGGAAAGCCGAAAUAUGUACCCUUCAAUGAUGAGCUUGUGGAGUCAACUAUGCAAAUAUACAGAACCUCUUUUGCCUUUCGAAACAGAGUAUACCCUAUUGGGAGUGGAAAGGCUUUACAGUUCAUUUAUAGCAGCAAGCAGUUUAAAACCAAAGGUGGCCUGGUGGCUGGUACUGCCACAACUAAUGUGUUUCGAAGCGCACAGUUCAAAAGUACUAUGAGGGCAAUGCAGUCUCUUUGUUGCAGUCCAGAUGAGGUGAUUUUCGGUCCUGAUUUCCACCAAUCCUUAUAUUGCCAUCUCUUGUGCGGGCUUAUCUUCCGCAACGAAGUCCAGUAUGUGUCCUCCACAUUUGCUCAUAGCAUCGUCCAUGCAUUUCGAACCUUCGAAUUAGUUUGGCAAGAACUGUGCAAUGAUAUGAGGUGCGGGGACCUAACUAGUCAAGUCACUGUUCCAUCCAUCCGAGCGGCUAUGUCAAAAUUGCUUAAGCCAGACCCUGAGUUGGCUGAUCUCAUAUACAGUAAAUGCUCCCGGUUGAGUAAUUGGUAUGGAGUAAUACAGGAGCUUUUUCCAAAUGCCAAGUACAUUUAUGGGAUUAUGACUGGGUCAAUGGAGCCGUAUGUAAAGAAACUGAGGCACUAUGCUGGGGAUCUGCCUUUAUUAAGUGCAGAUUAUGGAUCGUCUGAAGGAUGGAUUGGAGCUAACGUAAAUCCUAAGUUGCCGCCGGAGUUGGCUUCUUUUGCCGUUCUUCCUAACAUUGGCUACUUUGAAUUUAUCCCUCUCAGGGAGAUGACUGAACUCUCAGGCCAAGACAACGAAUCAUCCACUUUGCUUUGUGUCGAUCCAAAGCCAGUGGGUCUGACUGAAGUCAAGGUUGGUGAGGAGUAUGAGAUUAUUGUCACCAAUUUUGCAGGGCUGUAUCGAUACAGGCUAGGAGACGUGGUGAAGGUCGUGGGAUUUCACAACUCCACCCCUGAACUCCAAUUUAUCUGCCGAAGAAAUCUCUUGCUUACUGUCAACAUUGACAAGAACACUGAGAAAGACUUGCAGUUAUCCGUCGAAGCAGCAGCCAAGUUACUGGUAAAAGAAACGCUCGAAGUCAUAGAUUUCACCAGCCACGUGGAUUUCUCGACGGACCCAGGUCACUACGUGAUAUUCUGGGAGAUGAAUGGUCAAGCCAGCGAUGAGAUCUUGAGAGAAUGCUGCAACUGUUUGGACCGCUCGUUUAUCGAUGCAGGGUAUGUUGGCGCGCGCAAAGUGGGCGCGAUAGGGGCCCUUGAACUCCGAGUUGUCCGGAGAGGUACGUUCCAGAAGAUCCUAGACUAUUACAUAGGAUUAGGAGCCGCUGUUAGCCAAUUCAAAACCCCGAGAUGUAUAGGGCCUAGCAACAGCAUGGUCUUGCAGAUAUUGUGUGACGAAGUCGCCAACAGUUACUUCAGUACAGCUUUUUGAUUGGGAAUUAUUGAUAAAUCAGGUUGUUUUAAA